GGAGAUGCUGCACCCGCAACAAAGUGCAGCGGAUGGAUACGCCCGCAGAGUGAAACACACAGAGGGUAUAAAGAUAUCGGUCUUUUAAAAGGAAAUCUCUUUCUAGUUUUCUGCGUCAGAGAGACGAGGGGACUGGUGAUAUUGGCAGCAUUUUUUUUCAAGAGAAGUCAACGGAACAAAUAAAGGUGUGUACAUAUUGUCUUAACGCUAAAGCUCAUCCAUGUACUCAGAUAUUGUUGCCUUUAUCAAAUCAGCGCUCAAAAGUUAAGUCACCCUCAUGCUAGUCUGCUAACGUUAGCCUAGCAUCUCUGGCUUGGUCUAGCAUCAGUCGAGAACGUUCGAUUCGGUAGCUAGCUAGCAGUCGCGCUAACCAGUUUACAAACGUCUGCUAUAUUUUACGUACAGAAUAAUUUCAUUCAUAUUCCGUACACUAAAUUAUCUAACUAGCCUUUCCGGCAAUGUCAUUCACCACAUUCACUGUGACAACUGAUUCUCCGUCUCAUUCUGCCUCGUUGUGUGUUACCUAAUUAUAGCCAACGUUAGAUUGGCUUACCUUUUUUGGAAAAGUUAUUUGAGGUUAACGUGAGUUAACCAGCAAGUUUAGUUGGCAUAUAACGUAUGUUAACGGGAUUGGGUAUCAAACUGUCAACGGUUUCGUCAGCAUCCUUCUGUUAGCUUUCAUUGUCCGGAUGGCUAAUGCAACUAACAGUAGUUAACACCAGGUAACGUUAGCUGGCUACACUUGUAUGGAGUCAUUUUAGUGGCAAUUUGGACUGCCCUGAAGUUGCAAUUGGUUGUACAAAAAAGUGUAGCUAACUAAUUACGUUACAUAUUGGAUGCAAUGGGAAACCUGGUCAUUAUUUGACUGCAGUUACGUUAAAUUGUACAUUCUGGACACCGGCAGCAUGACUGCGCGACGGCACGCUAACUAGCUAUUUCCUCGUGCAUGUCUAGCGUUGCUGAAUCGUCGUCGCCUUGGAAUCGUCCAUUGAAUUAGUGACGUGAUAUCUACGUACCAUUUUUAACGUUUAAAUUCGGUUAACCUUCUGUUGGAGUUGAGUUCUAUAUGGAUUUCCUGAAAUCCCUUCAGAGUUUGUGAAACACGUGCUAGCGACGUCCAUUGUCUCCAGGAUGUUGCCAUGUUGGCUGGUUACUCAACAUCCGGUAGUUGGUGUUUAAAAAGGAUGAAAUGCGACUGAUCGUGUAUUGAUGCAUCAUUUUAUAGUCAAUUGUGUGGACAGAUUGGCAUGAAAAUUAACCGUUGGAUUUGAUGACUUAAUUAUGGAGGGCAUAAAUACAUAUGCAUUUCAACUGAAAGCAAUUCACUCCCCUUGUUGCUAACAGCACUAGAGUACACAUGCAUGUGCUUCAUUUAAUUAUGUAAUUGAGAUAUAUGGUCAUUUGGGCAAUUUCAUAACAUUGCUGCUUUUGCCCCUAGAUGCCUGAAGAAAUGCGCCAAGAGGAGGAGGCGGAGACCUUUGCCUUCCAGGCAGAGAUCGCUCAGCUCAUGUCACUGAUCAUCAACACCUUUUAUUCCAACAAGGAGAUCUUCCUCAGGGAGUUGAUCUCCAACGCCUCUGAUGUAAGUGUGUUUUUAUUAGGGAUGCAUCAUGCUGUUCAGACACACAGACCAAUUGUUGAUGCUACUGUACAGCACUUUUUAAAUACUUUAGCAUCCAGCAAGAUCAUCCAUACAACAAAGUUUUCAGUGCAUAGGUAUGAUUACAACUUUGAUGGUGAUGUCUGCUUUGUUCAAUAUUUUUCAGGCUUUGGACAAAAUCCGCUACGAAAGUCUGACGGACCCCACCAAGCUGGACAACGGGAAGGAACUGAAGAUUGACAUCAUCCCCAAUGUGGAGGAGCGCACCCUGACCCUCAUUGACACUGGAAUUGGCAUGACCAAAGCUGACCUCAUCAACAACCUGGGAACCAUCGCCAAGUCUGGCACCAAGGCCUUCAUGGAGGCCCUGCAAGUAAGUCCAUUGCAUUACAAGAUUAUUCACUAAUAUGAAUUCAAAUACUAUUCUGACGCGCAUGAAGAGAACAUGUUGUGAUCAAUUAUUUUCCCUCGUUGCUAGGCUGGAGCUGACAUCUCCAUGAUUGGGCAGUUUGGUGUGGGAUUCUAUUCUGCCUACCUGGUGGCAGAGCGAGUGACGGUCAUCACCAAGCACAAUGAUGACGAGCAGUAUAUCUGGGAGUCCUCAGCCGGAGGCUCAUUCACAGUAAAGGUCGACAGUGGUAUGUCUCACUCAAUGAAGGCUAUGGGGGCGGGUUUGCAAACAUUUACAAAAUCAUGAUUGCAUUGUUUUUAGACUGGAUCACAGGUAGGGCUGUGAUGGUCAGCCAAAUGGCCAUGGUCACUUAUAAUAUAUCUAUCUCCUCCUGACUGCAUGUGCUUCCAUAAGAAUGGAAUGGGCGUCCCCAUGCAAGUCGAUGAUGGCAUAAUGGGUGUACUGGCGGCCAUUGCGAGUGUACCCAUAGGAUAAAAGCAGGAAAUGAAAGCACAACGGUCACCCAUCAAUAUUUUAUUUGUACCUUUUAUUUAAGGCCAAUUGUGCGCCACCCUAUGGGACUCCCAAUCACGGCCGGUUGUAAUACAGCCUGGAAUCGAACCAGGGGGUCUGUAGUGACGCCUCAAGCACUGAGAUGCAGUGCCUUAGACCGCUGCGCCACUCGGGAGCAUAAUAUGUGCUGUGAUUUGAUUCAUCUAACAUUACAAAAGUACAUUCCAUUGCAUGAGCCUCCUCAGUUAACAUAAUUUGAACGAACGUUCUACAUUUACCAUGGAUAUGAUUCCAUCAAAAUACCAGACGGCCAUUGCUACCCAUGAGUCAAAUUGCCAGGGUUAGAGGUUCCAAGGCCAUUCUAUUGCAUAGGCAACCAAAGAUUUGUUUGCUACAACACUGUUUCAGCAAGGAUCAACAGUUUCAUCACGUUGUGAAGUCCAUGUUACAGCAGAAACCAACUCACCCGCACGAAUGCCCAGGCUUCAGUCGGCUGUUUGUUCCACCCCAUUUUAUUUGCAUGACUGUCUUUAUAUAAGUCUGUUAUACGGUUAUUGAGCCAGCCCUAAUAACAGGUGUUAUUAAACUACAUCUAUUGUAGUGGCACUGAAAUGGGCAAAUGGUUUCCUAUGGUGGGUGUGUAAUAUCUGUUGAAAUAAAUUUCCAGGGGAGCCCAUGUUGCGUGGAACUAAGGUGAUUCUGCACAUGAAGGAGGACCAGACUGAGUACGUUGAGGAGAAGCGGGUCAAGGAGGUGGUCAAGAAGCACUCUCAGUUCAUUGGCUAUCCCAUCACACUCUUCGUGAGUAUAGAAUUAUGGGAAUGUUUAUGACUAAAACUAAAGUGCGAUUAGUGACCAUUUAUGUAGACCUGGUUGAGGACACUAAAGUAAGGGAAUGUUUUUUAGCUUUUGUUGAAGGCUUAAAAUAAAAUUGCUUCUUUUUUGUUUCUGUGCAGGUUGAGAAGGAGCGUGAAAAGGAGAUCAGUGAUGAUGAGGCUGAGGAGGAGAAGGAAGAGAAGGAGGAAAAGGAGGAGGCUGAGGACAAGCCCAAAAUUGAGGACGUGGGCUCGGACGAUGAGGAGGAUUCCAAGGAUAAGGACAAGAAGAAGACUAAGAAGAUCAAGGAGAAGUACAUUGACCAGGAGGAGUUGAACAAGACCAAGCCCAUCUGGACCAGGAACCCUGACGACAUCACCAUGGAGGAGUACGGCGAGUUCUACAAGAGCCUGACCAAUGACUGGGAGGACCACCUAGCUGUCAAGGUACUAACACUGAAAUAUAGAAAUUACAAUGAGGUCAAAGUGGUAUGCCCAUGUUUUCCUAGAUGAUGGCCUACGCAUUACAUACGCACUCACACUUUUACACCCAUUUGCUGGUGCUACUCUGUUUUAUUUUACUUAUGCCUAGUCACUUUAUCCUGCCUUCAUGUACAUAUCUACCUCAAAUAUCUGGUACUCUCUGUAUAUAGCUCCAUUCUUGUGUAUUUUAUUCCUCUUGUGUUACAAUUUUUAAACUCUGCAUUGUUGGGAAGGGCUCGUAAGCAAGCAUAAAGUCUACACCAGUUGUAUUGGGCGCAUGUGACAAAUAAAAAUUGGAUUUGGGUAGCUCUUAUGACUGGAGUUGGCUGCACAAACAAAUCUGAGAGCAGGAUAAGGUGAUGGGAUUGUAGUAACCCUCACCUGCUUCUUCCCCCUUUGCAGCACUUCUCAGUGGAGGGCCAGCUGGAGUUCCGCGCCCUGCUAUUUAUCCCCCGCCGCGCGCCCUUUGACCUCUUUGAGAACAAGAAGAAGAAGAACAACAUCAAGCUGUAUGUCAGGAGAGUCUUCAUCAUGGACAGCUGUGAAGAGCUCAUCCCUGAGUACCUGAGUAAGUAGUCUAGUCUCCACAUAGUCUGGAGGUCCAAAAUGGCUGGCACUUUCCGCUGGCCGUGUACAAUUUCAAUGCCACUGACUACAAAGGCACCGUUGUCUCCUGGAUGAGUAGCCUACAUGUGAAGAAAAUGGCAACUGCAGAUAAUGCUGCUCUGAAAUGGUUGGCUACUUGUCUUCUCUGUAGCCAAGUCUGUGUAUACAGUUUGUUUUGCUUUACAUAGAUUUCUGUAAUAGAAAUCGCUAUAAAAGUUAAAUGAAUAAAUGUCUUCCUUCUCCCGCUACAGACUUUGUGCGUGGUGUGGUGGACUCUGAAGAUCUCCCAUUGAACAUCUCCCGAGAGACGCUGCAGCAGAGCAAGAUUCUCAAGGUCAUCCGCAAGAACAUUGUGAAGAAGUGUAUGGAACUGUUUGGUGAGCUGGCAGAGGACAAAGAGAACUACAAGAAGUUAUACGAUGGCUUCUCCAAGAACCUCAAGGUAACGUCGGGAGAUGGUGGGGUGGGGGGGAUCAGAAUUUAUCUUGAGCGACGAUUUUUGCUACUAGUAAUCUAACUUGUCUUCUGCCACAAUUGCUGUCAUCUGGUGUUCUUCAGUGCAUCAACAUGGUUUAAACCAAGGUUUACCUAAAGUGGAUCAUGGACUAGAUGAUCGAUCUCCUCACACUGUGGUGCUAGUCGUUGUGCUUUGUGCCAAACUAGUAUCCGACCCUAUUUAGUGGUUAGAAGAACAAUUGACUAUAUUUAGACUGGCUUCAAGAGCCACAGACUUUUCUUAACCUUCAGUAGCUAAAUGGUUAUAUAGAACCGUUCCCUGUGCAAUAGUUGAAUGUGUCGUGAACUACUAUUGAAAACCUAGUUAUACUAAUGGUAAUUGUUUCUCUGCAGCUGGGGAUCCACGAGGACUCCCAAAACCGCAAGAAGCUGUCCGAGCUGCUGCGCUACCACAGCUCCCAGUCCGGAGACGAGUUGACCUCCCUCACAGAGUACCUCACCCGCAUGAAGGACAACCAGAAAUCCAUCUACUACAUAACUGGUGGGUCUAGUUACACAUUCAGUCACAAUAACGUUGCGCUCCAAGCCCAAUAGCAGUCAUUGAAUUACUUAGACACAGAAGUUGACUGACACCACAUUUUUCUUCAGGCGAGAGCAAGGACCAGGUGGCAAACUCUGCCUUUGUGGAACGUGUGCACAAGCGUGGCUUCGAGGUCCUGUACAUGACGGAGCCCAUCGACGAGUACUGUGUCCAGCAGCUGAAGGAGUUUGACGGCAAAACCCUGGUCUCUGUAACCAAGGAGGGCUUGGAGCUGCCUGAGGACGAGGAGGAGAAGAAGAAGAUGGAGGAGGACAAGACCAGGUUUGAGAACCUCUGCAAGCUCAUGAAGGAGAUCCUGGACAAGAAAGUAGAGAAGGUAAAUGAUGGGAACCAACCUGUGCUUUCUGCAAUGAGAAAUUAGCCAUGAUAUUAUUCUUUCUGUGCUCUGAAUUUUGGUGAUUGACAAUUUGACUUUUAUUUUUGGUUGUGAACAGGUGCCCUAGUUCAUCAUAAGCUAAUAUUGACCCUGGUGAGUCCUUUGACCAUGUGUAUUGAAGUGGUCCUGUCCCAUUAGGCUCACGCGUUGUGAUGCUGUCCCGGCUUUGCCAUUGACUUGAAUGGGAAUGCCCAAUGUGUCGUGAUGUAGUUUUUGUCCCCAGAAGGGGGUUGUGAUAUUACCCAGAAACUAGAAGACCUUGUGAGUUUGUGACGCAUCGUUUCUUUAGUGUUGACUGCUUGUGAUAAUAACUUUCUAACAUUGACAACCUUUUUCAGAUUUGAGAAUUUGCCUGUUUGACUACAUUUUGGAUGGUGUUUUAUGUGAACUCUAACAACUUUCCUGCACAAUAUUUAAUUUAGGAUUUUGUUACGUUUUAAAAAUUAUCUUAACUAUUCAAUUUAGGGUCAACUUGCCUGCACUGGCUUGUCACCUGCACAUUGUAUGCUGUUAGCAUGUGAAGUAACAUUCGCCCCUCUGCCCCUUCAGGUGACUGUGUCAAACAGGCUUGUGUCUUCGCCUUGCUGCAUCGUGACCAGCACGUAUGGCUGGACGGCCAACAUGGAGCGCAUCAUGAAGGCACAGGCCCUGAGGGACAACUCCACAAUGGGCUACAUGAUGGCCAAGAAGCACCUGGAGAUCAACCCAGACCACCCCAUCGUGGAGACCCUGAGGCAGAAGGCUGACCUGGACAAGAACGACAAGGCAGUGAAGGACUUAGUCAUCCUAUUGUUCGAGACGGCGUUGCUCUCUUCAGGCUUCAGCCUAGAUGACCCCCAGACUCACUCUAACCGCAUCUACAGGAUGAUCAAGCUGGGCCUGGGUAAGGAUGCACACUCAGAACUGUUAGGGGAGAGGAAACUGUUCUCUAAACGGUAACAUGGUUGACUAUAAUGGAAAUGUGGCUGUAGGCUGGAUCUAAUUUUUUUUCCCCUUCAGGAAUUGAUGAUGACGAAGUGAUCCCUGAGGAGCCCACCUCUGCACCUGCCCCAGAUGAGAUCCCACCUCUAGAGGGAGACGAUGACGCUUCACGCAUGGAGGAAGUGGAUUAAAUGCCAUCUCAAAUCUACCCCUUAUGUAGUGUCACUUUUCUUUUUUCCCAAUCGAAUCUGUUUAUUUACUUUUUUUUUACUGGAGAAACCUGGUUGUGUCUUAUGGUAUAACAAUCAAUAUCUUAACUCAUGCUGCCCAGUGUUGCUCUUGUCUUGAGCCUUCAGUGAAAAUUCUAGAGAAGAUGAUUUUGUUGUACGAGCUGUGUAAUAAUAGUUAACGGUGGGCAACUUGGGGGGGGGGGGGGGGGGGGGGGUGUGUAACUGUACCUUGUUGCACUGAGUCUUAAAUAUUGGACUGGUAGCUGUGUUGGGGAAAUUGAACAUUCCAUUAGACUGACACUGAAGGUGGGUUUUUCUGAUGUGCAACUUGCAUGCUGCUUGGAGUGGACUGCAAGAAUCCUU